AGUAUAUCCGAAAUAUAUUAGUUUCAUUUAAAAGAUACAUUAAGUAGAUACUUCUUUGAAUGUGUUAAGUAUAAUUAAUUCCUGUGACUGUGUAUUACGCCACAAUGUACAAUAACAGCAACCUGAACUAAUUUGCUAAUUAAAUGCGAGUUGGCCGCGACCGACGCCUUGUCCCACAUUCUCUGUGUUAUCCCAAGUGUCAUCAUGUUCGUCCAGCUUGUACAGCUCGUGUUUUAUCUAGUACUGAUCUCCGCGAGUAAGGUCGAAGGUAUAUGUGGGGACACCGUACGUUGGUCCCAUAGGGUCAACAUAGACGACGUGUUCGGGGUGUGGUACGGUGUAGGCUACGCUCAACAUAACCCAGAUAUGACGAAUAAGCCUAAUGAAGUCGGAUGCGUGUCUCUUUACAUAACCGACGCAAAUAAUGAACUUGAAGACAAUUGGCUUGAUUGGUCUUUCCAGAGAAAAAACUUUUCAGAUCAGAAUUGGCGCUCGUCUAAAAGCAAUCCUUGGUCUGGAGACAAGAUGGCUGGAUCUUGGCUUGAUAUACGUUUAAAACGGAGGGCGAAAAGGGAUUCUUUGGAUGAAAAACGUAUCAGAGUUCUGUGGGAUGAAGAUGGUCACAGUCUAGAGCAAAUUUAUUUAUAUUAUUCUGAGGAGCCAGGUCUUUGGACCGCAGAGCGACUGCUUCCUGGAGAAAGACAGUUAAUGUCCAGAGGAAUUGAUGUUUGGCAUCCAGAUGAUCCACCUCGUCAUCCAGAUGUAAUUCGGCUGUUGAAGGUCACUCCAGACACACUGGUUCUCAAUCAUUGCGCAGAGUUAGGUAAUGGUGGUAUAUUUACACUAAUAUUACGAAGAUCACCAUCGAGAGUCCAGAAAUGGGAGUGGUAUCAAUACCAGAGGGAGUUCUAUAAAUUUGAGCUACCCAACGUGUACAGAUAUUCAGCUGUCUGUGGAACAGCUGUCGCUAUUAGUUCACAUAUACUAGUAAUAGUAUCAACAUUUUUUGUCAGUAUAUUAUAUAAAUAAAAACAUAUUAAAGAAAUAAAUUAUUUUAUUUAAGAA